AUGCUUUCCGCAACCUCUGUGGCCUUGCGGGCCGGAGCUCGACGAGGUGCGCCCCGUGUUGCGGCUCUCGCAUCUGCUUCGAACGUUGUCCGAUGCCAGAGUCUAGUCGGUAGCAGGGGCCUGUCAGCGACGAGGACUCUAGCCUCUCCUCCCACGAAGGACCGAACUCGAGAGAUUGUUGCUCAGACCUUGAGCAGCAUUGGUAGCAAGCGAGAGGGCGCACAGUAUCACCAGCUCUUCACUUCGGUCUCGUCUAAGAAAUUUGCCGUCAUCAAAGUGGGAGGUGCUAUUCUGACUGUAGCUUUCUCGAUCACCCUACACGAACUGUCACUUUACCCUGUGAUUGUGCAUGGUGCUGGCCCUCAGCUGAACCGUCUCCUAGAAGAGGCUGGCGUCGAGCCUCAAUUCGAAGAGGGCAUCCGUGUCACCGACGCCAAGACACUGGGUGUGGCCCGCAAGCUCUUCCUCGAAGAGAACCUAAGGCUGGUGGACAGGCUCGAUCAGCUGGGUGUUGCCACCAGGUCCAUCAACGGUGUCUUCAUGGCUGACUACCUGGACAAAGAAAAAUGGCAGUACGUCGGAAAGAUUACAAAGGUUAACAAGGAGGCCAUUGAGAAGUCGAUUGAGGCCGGAUACAUUCCCGUUCUUACUUCCAUGGCUGAGACUGAAAAUGGCCAAAUCCUUAAUGUCAAUGCAGACGUUGCUGCAGCCGAACUCGCCCGCGCACUGGAGCCUUUGAAGGUUGUGUAUCUGUCCGAGAAGGGCGGCUUGUUCGACGGCGAGGGAGAGAAGAUCUCACACAUUAACCUGGACGAGGAGUUUGAUCACCUCAUGGCACAGCCUUGGUGCCGAUAUGGUACGCGCCUCAAGAUUAAGGAAAUCAAGGAACUCCUCGAUACCCUCCCCAGGACCUCCAGCGUUGCCAUCAUUCACCCCAGCGAUCUUCAAAAAGAACUAUUCACGGACUCCGGCGCCGGUACCUUAAUCCGACGAGGAGAUAAGGUUCAAAAGGCAUCCUCCGUGUCAGAAUUUCAGGAUUUGGAUAAGAUCAAAGCAAGCUUAAUUCGAGACCGAGAGGGUCUUGAUGCUGAGGCAACUGUUGACCGUUUUGUCGACUUUCUUAAGGAGAACCCCUUUACUGCCUACUAUGAUGAUGCACUGCAGUGCGUUGCGAUUGUCAUCCCUGCCGGCAAAGACCGACCAAUGGCUACACUUGCUACUUUGGCCAUCACCAAGUCUGGCUGGCUGACCAACGUGGCCGAGAACGUUUUCACCGCUAUCAAGAAGGACUACCCUAGCCUUGUCUGGACUGUCAGUGAGAAUGAUGAGAACUUGACCUGGUUCUUUGAGAAGGCCGACGGCAGCUUCAACCACAAUGGCAGCGUCUUGUUCUAUUAUGGUUGCGAUCUUCGAUCUGAUGCCCUGGCUCCGGUCUAUGACGACUUCAUCUCGCAUGGACGGGCUAUGCUGGGUGAUUCCAACCUUGAGGCUCGACUACGCCGUGCAGCUCAGGCAGCCAGCCAGGCGCUGAAGGCCUCUCAGCCUCGGGCCUAA